CGCACUUUAAACCUCAUUCUGAGUCAGAAUUCUGACUGUAACAUACAAACACAAAGAAUUUACACUUUAAUUUUUUAAUUUGUUUAUUUGAGACACUUUAGUUAUACAAUUUGUAAAAACUAAAUAACAUGAUGUCCACGUCAUGACAUGUUUCAACGAAACAUCCACCAUUACGAGCGUUUUUUUAAUGGUGAGGCCAGCAAUCAAGAACAAAACGGUGAUAAUCCCCGUAAAUUAAGUUAUAGUUAUCUGUGCGAGGAAAAUAAGGAAAUUGUAGCGAAUUCGAUGAGUAACCAAUCAGGAUUUGAGGACACGAGGUGGGUGCGGAUUAUCAAUGCGAGCGAUGAGUCGGUAAUUGAACUUGUGGGAAAUAAAUUAAUAACCCGUCCACAUGAUCCGGCUAAGGAAGAGUUUCAAAGUUUCCAGUGUCAUUUGACAGCAAGUGGACAUUACAAUAUCAAAUCGAUGUAUCAAUCUGCUGGAGCAACUAUCCCUUUGGUUUGGGAUUACUUACCGAGCUCGAAGCUGCUCGUUCAAAGGAAACAGAAUCGAUUGGCGAGUAGGCAUAAUCAAAACUGGACAUCAGAAGUUCUCCCUGGUCCAGCUACGACCUCAUAUUUUAUAAUUUCUGCCCCCGAGUGCACAUUAUGCCUUAAAAGCAUGGGGAUUGAGAAUCAGGUCAAAGCUGUUCCGAAGGAUUCUGUCAUGGGCGAUAAAACUGCGCACUGGAGUUUCGUGCUACUUGAACCAACUGCGGUUCCAUCUCGAGCAGUUCCAGUAGCUCCAAAAUCACCAAUUGCUAUAGCUCCCCCUCAACCAAUUGCAAUAGCUCCGCCUGAACCAGUUGCAGUAGCCCCAAAACCACCAAUUGCAAUAGCUCCACCGCAACCAGUUUCAGCAACUUCAAUAGUUACACCCCAAGCAACUACAACAAUGCCAAUAUCUCAGCCUCAAGCAAUUGCAGCGGCUGCUAGUGCUCUGCCUUAUCCAAUACUAGCUCCCAAGCCAAUUCAAAUCGUUGCUCCGCAACCUCAACCACAAUCAACUGAAAUUCCUAAAGAAACUCAAUCAAUUCCGGCCACUUCCUUGCCAGUGAUUCAACCAACUCAAACUCCCGAGCAAUCUGUUGUCCAACCAAUGGAAGUAGCUCCCGAGCAACCAAUUCAGCCAGUUGCACAACCAAUUCAACCAGUUGUCCAACCAAUUCAACCAGUUGUCCAACCAAUUCAACCGCCAGUUAUCCAGCCAGCAGCGCAAGUUUGUGCCCAACUAAUUCAAAGCGCUGUCCAAUUACUACAAGCCACACAACAAAUUCAAUCCCCGCAACCAAUGGAAGUUGACCCUCAGUCAAUUGAGGCAGUUGUCCAGCCAGUUGCUACACCACCGCAGGAUCCAAUUAAACCCCCAACUCCACCCACCCAACAAACUCCGUAACUAUGAAUCUCUUCCCUGAAUCGUCCUAUUUUAUUCUAUCGACUGAUGAUAUUGUGCCUCCUCAGAAGUAUUAGUACAUAGCUUUAAUUGGAUGUCAACUAGUAAUUGCAAUAAUUAUUUUACAGUCAAGAAAACAGAAAAAUGCAAAAAAUAUUUAGUCAACCUUAACCAAAAUAAGUAAUUGGUCAUUAACUUUUUAUAUGUUAUUUUAAAGUUUAAAGUUUUAAAAAUUGCAUGCCAAAAAUUUUAGUUGUUAUCUCACAUAUAUUUAGGCCUACUGGGUUAUAUGUUAAAUGUACAUGGUGCACAUUACUUACUAGAGACAAAUUUAAUCUAAUUUGCAUGUUCCUCAUAUCAUUUCUCUGAUUAUGUACCUAUACUCGUUGCAAAUUUUUACUUUGAAAUAAAUUUUUACUGUUCUACAGACAUGUACCACUUAAA